AUGGAUUCCCGUGAGAGUGAUUUAUUUUUACAUAUGGACGUCUCAGGGUUCAACAGUUCAAUAUUCCACAUUCCAUUGAUCGGAGAAAUUGAUAUUUUACAAUAUAAAUUUCUAUUCUCAGGUCUUUUAUAUAUUCUUAUAUGUAAAUGGGCUCUCCCUUACCUCUCUCUAUCUAUCUCUCUCCCUCCCCUUACUCCUCUCCCUCUCUCUCAUCCCUAUCUCCCUCUCUUUCUUUCUCCUCUCUCUGUCCCUCUCUCUCCUUCUCUCCCUUUCUCUCUACCUUACUCUCUCUCCCUCUCUCUCUCUCCCUAUCUCUCUAACUUACUCUCUCUCCCUCUCUCUCCCUCUCUCUCCUCUCUCUCCCUAUAUCCCUCUCUCUCUCUCUUUACCUCUCUCUCCCUCUCUCCCACUCUCUCUUUCUCCCUUACUCUCUCUCUCCCUAUCUCCCUCUCUCUCUUCCUCUCUCUCUCUUUACCUCUCUCCCCUCUCUCCCUCUCUCUUUCUCCCUUACUCUCUCUCCCUAUCUCCCUCUCUCUCUUCCUCUCUCUCUCUUUAUCUCUCCCCUCUCUCCUCUCUUUUCUCUCUCUCUCCCUCUCUCCCUACCUCUCUCCCUCUCUCCUUACUCUCUCUUCCUCUCUUUUUCCCCCGCCUCUCUCUCUCCCCUUCCUCUCUCCUCUCUCUCUCCUUACUCUCUCUUUCUCUCUCUCCCUUAAUCUCUCUCCCUUACUCUCUCUCUCCCUCUCUUUCUCCCUCUCUCUCCCUUACUCUCUCUCCUCUCUCUCUCCCUCUCUCCCUCCCUCUCCCUCUCUCCCCUCUCUCUAUCCCUUCUCUCUCCUCUCUUUCUCCCUCUCUUUCUCCCUCUCUCUCUCCCUUACUCUUUCUCCCUCUCUUUCUCCCUCUCUCUCUCCCUUACUCUCUCUCCCUCUCUUUCUCUCUCUUCCUUACUCUCUCUCCCUCUCUCUCUCUUACUCUCUCUCUCUCCCUUAUCUUUCUCUAUCAUUUUCCCUCUCCCGCUUACACUCCUGUAUCUUUCUAUAUCCCUUUCUGCCUCCCUCAAUCACCCUCUCUCUUUCUUCAUUUCUUUCUAUCUUCCUUCUACUCCCCCUUUCUCUAUCUCAUGCACUUUUUCUCUCCCUUUGCCCUCUCUCAGUUCUCUCUAUCUGUUAG